CAUGGGGAAAUGGUGAGGUAAUUUGUGAGGGAUGUGUGAAAGGGUGAAAGUGUGAAGGAAAUGUGGGAUUAUAUAUGGAAGUGAUUAAUGGAUUAUCAGGACAAAUAAUUUCUGACAGUGUCGAUUUUUGUAAACGAGACGAGUCUGUCGACGAGUCUGUCGACGAGUCUGUGGUCUUUUAAAGGAAUAACCGGUUGUUCUCUUCAUUGACUAUGGCCAUCGACCGUUGCAUCUAGUCUGUCUUACAACAAAAGAUGUGAUGAGGCUCAAAUGCCAGUACCGGGAACCUCGGGAUAUGUCCUGAUUUGUCUUAGCACCACUCCUUUUCCGCUAACACACUCUUGCGUUGUUUGUAAUCUAUAUCACGUGCACAGCUAACUUCUGUACUUGCAUCUACUUCCAGUAUCGGAUUUCUACCAUAUUGAAUUUCUACCCACCAACAUCCAAGUCCCUUAUUAUCACAUCAAACUUUCACAUCAAUCUUUGAUCUAACAAUUUUUGGCCACAUGAUCUGUCUUCAUUAAUGGCAUUCAUGAUUUCACAAUCAUUCCUACCUCACUUCUUCAUACUUAAUAGUGUUACUUAAUAUAAAGCCCUCUCCGUAACGUUGUCUGGUAGGUAAAGCUUCGUCGGAUUGUAUUACGGAAAAUACCAACAAAUGCCAGCACAAAUGGCUUCUAACAUUCUUAUCACUAAUGACCCCCAUGAGAUCAAGAAGUCUCUUGGAAUGAGCCGUCUCUGGGUGAGAUGAUUAACAUUUCAACAUGAGAGACUUCCGCUAAUUUGCAUGUAACAGAGAGAAGUAAAGAAUGGUGCAGCUACAAAAAACAGUAUUGCAUCUGCAAAACGACACAAUCAAAAUCAAGGAAUUUUCAUGUCUCGGCAAUUCUUAUCAGACUCGAGCUUUGCGGUUUUAUCACAACCCUCACAGGAUUCUUUUUCACUUUCCAAGGACACGUAUCUCCCCGAUAUCAGCAAAUAUAUUCCCGUAGGGUCCAUUCGCAUACACAAAAAUGACUGUUUAUUCUUGAAUGGUGAAAUCUCUUCGUGCCAGAGUUGGCAUGCAUUUCACCUUCCUGCCGAUAUCAACAAUUUCCAGCACAAUAUUCUGUACCUGCCGAACACUCUACAGGGUAAACUACUUCAUUCUGCUCCCCUUGAUGCCUUUAAUGGUAUCCAUAAUGCUGGCUGGAUCCGAAUGGAGUUCAGGGCUAGGAAUCAUUGUAGUGGUCAAGUAAGAGUGUACAUUCUACCAAAUGAUAUCGGAAAUGCCGUGUUAGAUCGGUGAGUAUUGAUCAAUCUUUGCCUGGAAUUUGAUGCCAUAUUAACUGGUUUCUAGAUCAACGAAGAGACUGCGCAAAGGUAUGGAGGCUCUGCUAGAUAAGUUAGAUGUUUCGCAUGCUACUUGGCAGGGUACAUGGUCAGAUGACGAACCUAUUCAGCACAUCAACUCUACGUUGAAUGCUGAUCAAUCGACCGACAAUGUUUCUCUAUUCGACAUGUUCAAUACUUUGUCGUCUCCGAAGCCUGAUCCACAGGUCGUUGUUGAUGAGUACGUACAAGAUGCGAUGCGCUCGAUUCUUGAUGGCAGUAUAACAGGACUUCAUCCUGAUAUCCAAAUGCAUCCGUACCAAUGUCAAACGGCUGCUAUGAUGCUGCAACGUGAAUCUCAGCCAGCAUAUCUACUUGAUCCACGUCUUCGAGAGCUCAAAGACCAGGCCGGGAACAAUUUUUAUUGUGAUUUAAGUGCGAACGCUUGCUUGAGAGAGCCACGUUUUUAUGAAGCGCCAAGAGGUGGAAUAUGCGCCGAAAAUAUGGGCUUGGGAAAAACACUAAUCUGCCUAGCUCUGAUUCUAGCAACAAAAGAUUUGAGAUCCCAAAUACCAGUGGAAAACUCCCUUGAUUCAACUCCAGUGCGACCCACUACAGGAUCUCUUCUUGAUAUGUCCGCUUCGACUAUUGGUAGACUCGGAAUUCCUUGGGAGAUAAUUCUUGGAAAAAUGGAGUCUGAAGAAGGAAUCGGGUUUAGCCGAAUGCGUGAUGCCCUAAAGAGGGGUAUUGGGUACUACUGGUACACGCCUGACCCACCUCGUCGUGACACACGCAAUCCAAGAAGCACGACUCCUAGGAAAAUAUGGCUCAGCAAGGCUACUCUAGUAGUUAUUCCCGCUAAUUUGGUGCAGCAAUGGAUACAAGAAAUAGAAAAACAUACCAUCGGGCUAAAGUACUUGAUUAUGGAUGAUAUGAAAGUCCCACUACCAGCCGCAAAUGUAUUGACUAGCUACGACAUCAUUUUAUUCAGUAAAAAGAGAUUUGAGAGAGAGGCUAAGGAAGAAGUCUUGUCUGCUCGGCAACGCACAACCAGUUGUCAGCACUCUUUUGAAACUCCUGAAGCUGACAAUUGCCCAUGCACUUCCCAAUCAGAUUUGGGACAGCCCGGAGAAAUAUUGUAUCGUUCUCCACUUAGAGAUCUUCAUUUCAAACGUCUUAUUAACGAUGAAGGUCAUAGUUUUGGGAAUGUGACGAAAAACUCAAAGUCUGACGCGAUAAUUAUGAUUGACUUCCUGCACCUUGAUGCGCGUUGGAUUAUUUCAGGAACGCCUACACAUGGCCUUCACGGUGAAGAUAUCAUAAUCCCGGAAACUAAUGACCCCCCAACUCACUCUAUUGAAAUCAAAGAUCGGGAGAUUACCACGAAUUCCCCGGAGGAGAUCUAUCCUAGCCAACAAAAGUUGUUUAUCGAGCAAGAAACCAAAGACCUUGAAAAUCUUGGAAAUAUUUUGACCUCAUAUCUAAAGGCUCGACCAUGGGCAAACAAGGUUGCAGAGGGUGAUCAGGCAGCCUGGACAGAUUUGGUCAUCAAGCCGAGAAAUAACCGCCAAAUCCACGGUGAUUCACAGAUUCUCAAGUCCACUUUGGAAAGUAUGAUCAUCCGUCAUACUGCGAAAGACAUCAAUGAACAGCUUUCCCUUCCUCCAUUACACAAGAAGAUCGUUUACCUCGAGGGAUGCUUGCAGGAUAAGCUGUCGUUAAAUAUCUUUUCGAUGAUGAUUGUUAUAAAUGCUCUCACCUCAGAAAGGGAGGGUGUAGACUAUUUGUUCCAUCCGAAAUCAAGAGGAGCACUACAAGCCCUAGUCUCAAAUUUGCGACAGGCCUCCUUCACUUGGUCAGGUCAUACCGCAUUAAUGAUAGAGAAAUCUCUCGAUACGGCAAAGGAAUUUAUAAGAAAGAACAACAUCGCGCCUGAAGACAGAACGCUUCUACAGGAAGCAAUUUACGUUGGAGAGUGCGCUGUUAUAAAUGGUAUAUUUACAGCUACUAGUCACGUACAUGAAAUGGCCAUGUAUGUACAAAAUAAUUUGCAGCAAGAGAUCAGGGCUGCAUGGGCACUUGACCAUCAUGAUGAGAUUCCGACCUUAAUGGGCGCCACGAUGGUUCUUGGCGCAAAAGACGUCUUCAAUUGUGCGUCUCGUACAUCCCUUUAUGGCGAAGGCGUUUGGCAAAGGGAAAUAAUUAGUUAUGGAGAGCAGAUGAGAAGUCAAAUUGAGUCGGGAGGUCAUGUCGACCCUGCCCAAUUUAGAAAAUCACGAAUGGCCAGUAAGGGGCCUAUUCUAGCAAGACCCUUCUGUUUGGCGAAUGGGAGAGGCUCUACUAUCAUAUCUACCGCAUCGUCCAAGCUUUCAUAUCUCAUGGACCAGAUUUUCUUUCACCAUAUACUCGAAAAGAUCAUUGUAUUUUACGAAGCCGAGAACGUGGGUUAUUACAUCGCGCAAGCACUCAAAUGCAUGAACGUCAAACAUUUGCUUUAUUCUAAAAGAGAUUCCACAUCUGAGCGCUCAAAAUGUGUUGUAAAGUUCAACUCUCUCCCCAAUUUUCGUGUUAUGCUCAUGGAUGUUAAUCAAGCAGCCUUUGGUUUGGAUAUGAGUGCAGCAUCAAGAGUAUACUUCGUAAACCCUGUCUUUUCACCACAAAUUGAGGCACAAGCUAUCAAGAGGGCUCAUCGCAUCGGGCAACUUCACCCUGUGCAUGUUGAGACUUUAGUUCUCAAAGGAAGCAUCGAGGAAGUCAUUUUGGCAAGACGAGGAGUAAUGAGUGAUCAAGAGCACAUGAAGUUGAAAGAUAUCCUAGAUGAUCAAACAUUGUACGACUGGAUUAGAAACGCUCGAUUUUUUCCUAUGCCAAGUGGGCCAGUGCCAGGCCCUCAGCAACUUGCCCCUCUUACUUAUCCACAGCCAGCUUUCGUAAAGCCUGCACUUGAUUCAGAUGCAUGGAAAUCUGACUUAGCUACGCAAAGAGAAUUAAGAGCUAACAGCCUUGCAAGAGCUGGAAGCAGAUUUUCGAGGUCCUUAUUUCCAGGAACUGCAUCUACUAUUGCUAAUGCGGAAUUACGUAUCCAGGUACAAGGAUUAUCAAUUGAAGUUCAGCAUCGCAUUCUUCGUCACUAUAGGGAAGGACUUGAUGAGCGGAUGCAUGACCAGGAGGUACGGUUAUCAAUGUCAGUUAAUGGCCCGAGAUUACCGCAUCGGAAUAUGUUUCUGGAAGGUAAUAGCUUUACCAGUGGUGAAUCUUAUUGAACUGAGGUGCUUUGCAAGACAAGCGCUAGAUUUGCAAAACGGGAUCAAUUCAUGGCCAAUUAGGGUAUGAAAUAGAAAUUUCUCAGGGUAUUGGACGUGAUACUAAUUUCCAGUACUAGUGGAGAAAGCGGAGAAGAAUAACCGUUUGCAUGGCAUGGAGAUGGAGAUUACGUGCUUUGCCAUCAAAUGGUAAGAUUAACUUACAAGCUCAAUCGAGAGGAGUUUUCGAUACCGAGCAAGGGAAAUGAAGCGAGGACCAAAGACGGGAAAGAGAAAGAGUGCUGAGAAGGAUAUCUAUGUAUAAUUAAUGUAUCGUGGCAUUGAUUUGCCGGAGAUUUUAUAAUGUUAUGGAUGCAUAUGAGAAAUUGUUUAUAUGUGGACCGUCGAAAUUUUAUAC